AUGUUUCACGGAGGCAUAUGGAAUAAGUUGCAGAAUUUCUACAAGUGGUACGUGCUGGGUUUAGUGUCGGUUGGCUACAUCCUCGGCGAGCUCGGCCAUUAUCUAAUUGGUACCACAUCAAAAUUAACGGCGGAGGAUUUACAUUAUGGCGAUAAGUCGUGUAUGUUGAACUUGACACAUCAUCUACGUCUCAGCCAGCUACCCGUUAUAUGCGAGAAGGUUAACACCAGUGAUACAUGCGAGUCCCUCACGCUCAACGGUACGAGAUAUUGCGAUUGGGGUUAUAAUGGUCUGGGGAUCGAUUACCAAGUGCUGGCAGGACCGGUCUAUAUGGCGGUGUUCACUGUCGUUGGUAUUAUAAUAGGAGUGGCCGCAGAUAAAUUCAAUAGAGCAAGAAUCCUUGGUUUCUGCACAUUAGUUUUUGUGAUAGCCAUUCUUUUGAUGGGCUCUGUGAAAGAGUACUGGCAUCUCGUGCUGCUGAGAAUGAUCAUGGCAGCAGGCGAAUCCGGAUGUAAUCCGCUAGCUACUGGAAUCCUGACUGAUUUAUUCCCCGAACACCAACGAGCAUUAGUGCUGUCAAUAUUCAACUGGGGUAUCUAUGGCGGUUAUGGGAUUGCGUUUCCCGUGGGACGGUACAUCCCAAUUUUGAAUGCCUGGGGAUUGAGAUGGAGAGUGUGUUACUACGGCGCAGGUAUCGUCGGUCUGGUAAUAGCAGCAUUCACGUUCCUCACUCUUCGCGAACCUGCAAGAACUACUAUUGGAGAAGAAGAUGCAGGUAAAGCUAAAAGGGGAGACUCUACGUUGGAGGCCGGAAAGAAAAUGCCGCAAGUGACCAUCUGGCACGUUAUCGCUCAACCGAGGAUUUUACUUCUGUGCUUAGCUGCUUCUAUUAGACAUUGCGGUGGUAUGACAUUCGCGUACAACGCUGACCUGUACUACCGCGACUACUUCCCCGACGUGGACCUCGGCUGGUGGCUGUUCGCCGUGACGGUGGGCAUCGGCUCCGUGGGCGUGGUCGUUGGUGGUGUUAUAUCUGAUAAAUUCGUAUCGAGAAUGGGUGUCAGAUCUAGAGUGUUGGUUCUUGCGUUGUCGCAACUCAUAGCAACUCUGCCCGCUUUCGGCUCCGUCGUGUUCGGGCCGCUGUGGGCGAUGAUCACUCUCGCUUUCUCUUACUUCUUUGCUGAGAUGUGGUUCGGAAUAGUAUUUGCUAUACUAGUAGAGAUCGUGCCUCUGUCUGUCCGUUCUACGACUGUGGGUGUGUUCCUCUUCGUCAUGAACAACGUGGGUGGAAACUUGCCUAUUUUGGUCGAUCCCGUGGCGAAGGCGAUCGGAUACAGAGAAGCUCUUAUGAUAUUUUAUGCUGGUUUCUAUGGCCUCAGUAGCAUAUUAUUCUUCCUAACAAUGUUCCUAAUGGACGGUGCAGUUGAAGUUAAGCCAGAAAGCGAAGACAAACCCAGUGGUCUCGACAAUAGAGCUUAUUCACAUGAUGACGAGAUAAGGAAUAGUAGAAACGAUACGAUUAGGUUA